AAAAUGAGUUGGAAGAGAGAUAUUGGAUCUAAGAUCAGGGAACUAAGAAUUGUGUGCUGUCAAACCAGUGCUCAUUCCUUGGGAGCAAGACAAUUCGUGACCAAAAAUUACCUUGAUGUAAUGGAUAACCACCCAUACUUCUCUUUCAUUGUGAGAGAAUGAAAGAAUGCUCAGCCAACUGUUAUGGCUAGAUACGACUAUGGAGUUGAAAGAAGACUUCCAGUCGAACACAUGAGCUCCGAUGACAUUGAAACCAUAGUUGAAGAGUUGAUUAAUGAAGCUGAUGAAAUUAAUUCUUAUGUUGCAUAAGUC